AUGAGGCUGUGUGUCUGCUUUGUGUUGCUCUCCUUUAUUCUGUGUGCAAGUGCUGACUUACGAUUUGCCUGGGAUGCAGUGAGAGGGGCAGGGGAUAUGGCCAGAGCAUACUGGGACAUGCGUGAGGCAAAUUACAAAGGUGCCGACAAAUAUUUCCACGCUCGUGGGAAUUAUGAUGCUGCCCGAAGAGGACCUGGUGGUGCUUGGGCAGCCAAAGUGCUCAGUGACUUACGGGAGAAAUGGCAAAGCGACGUGAGCGGCAGAGGGGCAGAGGACACCCGGGCUGACCAGGAGGCGAACGAG